AUGGGGCUCAGCUGCUAUGGUUCUGACUAUCACAUCGUCCUCAGAUCCUACACCAUUGCGCUGGGCCUGCAUAGACUUUCCCGACCCUAUGAGUCUGGUGUACAGAUGAUUGAGGCCAAUUUCGCUGUGCAACAUCCACAUUACAAAACAUCUUGGAAUGAGAGUGAUGUCAUGCUUAUAAAGUUGAGCAGACCAGCUGUGGAGUCAGACACUGUGCAGACCAUCCCCAUUGCCUCCAAAUGUCCAAAAGCUGGAACAGUGUGCUUGGUCUCAGGCUGGGGUCAGCUACUGGAUGGCCAAUACCCUGAUGAACCACAGUGUGUGCUUCUUCGAGUGAAAUCUAAGAAGAUCUGCAGAGCUGUGUUUCAGGAAUUCUAUGACCGUACUGUAUUCUGUGCUGGUGGUGAUGGCAUCCAGGACACUUGUAAUGGAGACUCUGGAGCACCCUUGGUCUGCCAUGGGCUUUUGCAGGGCAUUGUGUCCUGGGGUCUCACUCCCUGUGGGCAAACUGGACUUCCAAGUGUCUACAGCAACCUAUGCAAAUUCAAAGGGUGGAUAGAAAAAACUAUCCAGCUCAGCUAA